AUGGAGCAUCCCAUGGUCGUCAUGCUGAGCGACACUCCCGCUGGGCCGUCCAAGUUGCAUGCCCAUGAUCGGGCUCGUCAACAACCCGACUGUGCUGGGUGCGAUGUAUGGUCGAACAAACGACUGCUUUGGGACGCUUCAGAACCCUUUAUAGGACUUGAAACUACAAUAAAUACUGAAAACUCCCCAGCUACCAACCAAGCGGUACAGACGGCCAUGGCAACUGCACAAACGAGCGAGACCUCCUUUCAGAUAGAAGGAAACCCUGACCCUGUUGUUAAUAUGGGACAUUUGGAGACGGCCACAUCGUCCCUGCAGUCAGAAACAACAUCUAUACAACCCCCGGCGGGCAACCGACCUACAGGUCUCCAAGUUGUACCGGUUUUCACUCCACCCGCGUGGAGCUCGGUAUCCUCCUUAACAACUACCACAAGCUUAGCUACACAGCCUGAAACGACAUCCACCACCGCUCCAACCACCACCCAAUCCGCACUUGGAGCAGCAAACAACCGUGGCGGCGAUGGCAUCAGCACCAAAACAACCAUCGCCAUUGUCGUACCCGUUUCCGUCGUCGGGCUUGCCCUCUUCGCGGGGCUUUUAUUCUUCUUCCUAAAGCGGCGCCGUCGGGAGAGGCAACUCGCCUCCGCGAGUAAUCCAUCCUUAGUAUACGCAAUACCCAAAAGAGAACCAUCCUGGGGGGACUUCGGCUCAACCCCGCGAGAAAGAACCUCUUUCGGGACCAUGGCACAACGACCCAUACCGCAUAGCCAUACACUCACCCCAGAUACCCAAUCAUUAAACCGAGAACUACGCCCGCCGCCAUCGGCCGACAGUCGCAGCGGCGUCCGAGGCCGCUUCACCGAACAGGUUCACUCAAUAUACGCACCCGACGGAAGUCCAAUGGCCUUGACCGCUGAAAACAUGAGCCACCAUGAACAACACACGCCUCGAUCUCCGGCAUGGCCUCUAUCACCAUUCGAAGAUUCGACCAACAACAUCAACAAACACAACAAUGACGAUGCGGCUUCGGUCGUUUCGAGGCUCAGUGAUAGGCCGGGUCCGACGCAGAACCGGGACUUGGAUGAUGUGUCGUCUAUCUCGUCGAUAGAUGACAAUGAGCGAAGGCGAAAUACCCGGCCUUAG